GCGAAACCACGUGACAAAUGGUAGCUAGCGAGAUCGAGAUACAGGACAUUAGCACUUAGCAGCAAGCUAGCUACUGAGCGCAGUUAGCUAACGGCCUGGCUACGCGCCAAAUAGCUAGCUAUAUCUUGAUUUAUACCUGUAGUCAAACAAAGCAACAUGGAUUUUUUCUUUGACGACCUACCAUCCACCUCACAGUCCGCUCCCAAGAUCGGACAUGAAGAUUCACAGCUGACAGAAGACAUGGACCCAGAUUCAUCAAGAGGGAAGCCUUCAAACACAAGCAUGACUGAGACUCAAGGACAGGACACCUGCUCCAAAAUAGAUGACAUCAGCAGGAGAGUACAGGAACUGGUGGAAAAGAUAAACGACAACCGCACCAGUGACCAGAAAGUGAUGGACAGCUUCCAGGAGAAGUUAGUGCAAAAGGUGACAGAGAUGUGUCGGCAGAUGAAGGAGCACAUGUACACGGUCUAUGAAGAGAACAGUAAUGAGAUGCAGGUGAAGCUGCAGGUGUUGUCCGAGGUGCUGGAGAGCUGCACUAAGCUUAACAGUGAGCUAAUAGAGGCCAACCAGGCGCUGGCAAGUCUCAGAGGGGGCCUGGCCAUUAACCAGACAUCAGAACCCUGAUAAACUAGCUACUGUUGUCAUCUUAGCUUAUAUUUGAACUAGUUAAUGUUCUUUUGUUUAUUAUGUUGAGUAUUCAGAAUAGUUGACUUGAAUGAGAUUACUACUUUUGGUUUCCUCUUUGUUCUUCCUCCUUUUUCAAGAAUAGACAGUAGACUGUGCCUAGGUUUUUAGGGCAGUUCAGGUUACAGCUUGUGAUUGCAGUCUAAGAAAACAAAAACAAAAGCUGAAUCCAUGUUUUAAUGUAUGUUCAAUUCCAGCAUCCGUUGAUUUAAUAAAUACAAGUACAACAAGGACAAAAUAAACCAUGUUAUUUUGCU